UACACACCCUGCCUUCCCGCAAAGAACCAGUUGUUUUAGCACUGAAGAGCAGAACAUCGCAGGAUCUACAACACAUUUUUCAUGUAGUCAUUCCACAAUUCAGAGGAUUCAGACUUAAUGAAAUGACUUAACCAAGGUCACACACCCCAGUCAACAAUAAUUGGACAAGACCCACAGACAGUGCCAAGGGCCGCGACCCUCUCCCAGGUCCAGACCCAGGUCCCAAGGCCUGCUCUGCUCUACAUAGGAAAGUGGAUAGGGCCUGGGCGCCCAGGAAGUGAAAAAGCAGGGGUCGGUGCUCGAGACCAAGGAGGCCACAGAAGCAGCAAACGGCCAAUAGCUACUAGGGUCGAGAGCAACGUCAGGCAUAGUGGAGACCGACGCUGCGCACCCUGGGGAAGGGGGCGGAACCUGAACAGGAAGUGACGUCUCGGGGGCGGUCCUCGGCGGCGGCGCGCGGCCUGGGCUCGCGCUGGGCUCCGCGCGCCCCCCGCCCCCUCUAUGAGGCAGAGGCCGCGGCGGCCGUUAGAGCUGUCGCUCCGGGGGCCGCGGCGGGCGGGGCUCCGGCGGGGCCCGGCCUAGUCCCCACCCAGCCCGGCUCCCAGCCGCCCGCCCUCCCUCCCUUACCCCGAUGCAAGGGGCCGAGCUCCGGGACGGCGAGGCGGCGGCGGCGGCCGUGUACCGGGUCCUGAGCCGCCUCCUCGGCUAUGGAGAGGGCCCCGAGCCAGGCCUGCCGCCGCCGCCCCCGGGCCAUGGCCCGCCGCCGCCACCCUUCCUCGCGCGGCCCGGCUCGCGGGGCGCCCGGCCGCCGCAGCUGAUGGUGUUCCGCAACGUGGGGCGGCCGCCGGAGGAGGAGGACGCGGAGGCGGCCCCGGAGCCGGGACCCUCGGAACUGCUGUGUCCCCGGCACCGCUGUGCGCUGGAUCCCAAGGCCCUCCCGCCGGGCUUGGCGCUCGAGCGGACCUGGGGUCCGGUGGCUGGACUAGAGGCGCAGCUGGCGGCACUGGGGCUCGGACAGCCGGCGGGGCCGGGGAUCAAGACUGCGGGCGGAGGCUGCUGUCCGUGCCCGUGCCCCCCGCAGCCGCCGCCGCCGCAACCCCCGCCGCCUGCUGCCGCCCCGCAGGCCGGGGAAGACCCCACGGAGACGAGCGACGCGCUGCUGGUCCUGGAAGGCUUGGAAUCGGAGGCCGAAAGCCUGGAGACUAACAGCUGCUCGGAAGAGGAGCUCAGCAGCCCGGGCCGUGGAGGAGGAGUGGGUGGCCGGCUGCUGCUGCAGCCUCCGGGCCCCGAACUACCCCCGGUGCCCUUUCCGCUGCAGGACUUGGUCCCUCCAGGGCGCCUGAGCCGAGGAGAGCAGCAGCAGCAGCAACCUCCCCCACCGCCGCCGCCUCCCGGGCCCCUUCGGCCGCUCGCAGGCCCUUCUCGAAAGGGCUCCUUCAAAAUCCGCCUCAGCCGCCUGUUUCGCACGAAGAGCUGCAACGGUGGCUCGGGCGGUGGGGAUGGGACCGGCAAGAGGCCUUCGGGAGAUCUGGCAGCUUCAGCUGCGAGCCUGACAGACAUGGGAGGCUCUGCGGUCCGGGAGCUGGAUGCGGGGAGGAAACCCAGGUUGACAAGAACUCAAAGUGCCUUUUCUCCGGUCUCCUUCAGCCCCUUGUUCACAGGUGAGACAGUGUCGCUUGUGGACGUGGACAUAUCUCAGCGGGGCCUGACCUCUCCACACCCUCCAACUCCCCCUCCUCCUCCAAGAAGAAGCCUCAGCCUCCUAGAUGAUAUCAGUGGGACGCUGCCUACAUCUGUCCUUGUGGCUCCGAUGGGGUCUUCCUUGCAGUCUUUCCCCCUACCUCCGCCUCCUCCACCCCACGCCCCAGAUGCAUUUCCCCGAAUUGCUCCCAUCAGAGCAUCGGAAUCCCUGCACAGCCAGCCCCCCCAGCACCUCCAGUGUCCCCUCUACCGGCCAGACUCAAGCAGCUUUGCAGCCAGCCUUCGGGAGCUGGAAAAGUGUGGCUGGUACUGGGGACCGAUGAACUGGGAAGACGCAGAGAUGAAACUGAAAGGGAAGCCAGAUGGCUCUUUCCUGGUCCGAGACAGCUCUGAUCCUCGUUACAUCCUGAGCCUCAGCUUUCGAUCACAGGGUAUCACCCAUCACACUAGAAUGGAGCACUAUAGAGGGACUUUCAGCUUAUGGUGCCAUCCCAAGUUUGAGGAUCGCUGUCAGUCGGUGGUGGAGUUCAUUAAGAGAGCCAUCAUGCACUCCAAGAAUGGGAAAUUUCUCUAUUUCUUGCGAUCCAGGGUCCCAGGACUGCCGCCGACUCCAGUGCAGCUGCUCUACCCGGUGUCCAGGUUCAGCAACGUCAAGUCCCUCCAGCAUCUGUGCAGAUUCCGGAUCCGGCAGCUUGUCCGAAUAGAUCACAUCCCGGAUCUGCCACUGCCUAAACCUCUGAUCUCUUACAUUCGAAAGUUCUACUACUAUGAUCCUCAGGAAGAGGUGUACCUGUCCCUAAAGGAGGCACAGCUCAUUUCCAAACAGAAGCAAGAGGUUGAGCCUUCCACGUAGCAGCGAGGGCCCCUGCUGUUGAACACGAAGGCAUUUGAUCGACAGGCUCCAGUUUGAAGAACCAAAUGAAGCUACCACAAAAGAAGAAUCUGGAAGAAAGAGAAGAAAGGGUUGUGACUCUCGGCACAGACUUUGGUCCCCUGUAUCCCUGGGGCUUGGAAGAAGCACACAACCAUCCUCCAAGUGGGGCUCCCCACUCCCCAGCCCCAGGAACCCCAGGACUAGAUAAGCUCCUUGGAAAACUGGAAGAAGUCUUAACACUGUUUCUUUUCAGACGUUUGUUUUAGUAUUUACGUUCUCAGUGGAAGGCAGCUGGGGUCUAUACCCAUUGAAAUGAAAAUGGUAUUGGGGAUGAACAGGUCAAGCGAAAGGUGGGACGAGGGGGGCUGGUUGUUCAGCUGGUGCCAAAGGCAGCAUUGAGGCUCUUUUCCCAUGAACCUGGAGGAAGGGCGGGGGAAGCCAGAGAAGUCCAGAAGAAGGAAGUUGGAAGUUUCUGGGGAAAGGUGUCUGAUUCUCAUCUCCAGCUUCACCAGGAGAUGAGAGAAGGGUGGCAAGUGAGAGAGGAACUGUUCACGAGGAACUGCUCGUUCUGUUUGCCGAGGACUGCUGGCUCCUGCUCCUUUCCUUUCAAGGUUUAACAAACCUGAUUCCACAAUUGCCUCUCAUGGAAUUGGUGUGCAUUUUGUUGACUAAAUUCCUUAAGCUCAGUGACCUGAGGCAAACCUAGUUCUCCCUCCAUCCUCAGUCCCUUACCCUCAGUAACUGUGUAUUUAUUUCACUUUGGUCAAACCAACACUCCUGCUGCUUCUGCCAGCUGUGCAGACAGUGGUGUUUUCUUGUCAUGUGGCCAGUUCAGAGCUCCAAUCCUAGGCUGCCAAGGCUUCCCCCCCAACCAUCAGCAACCUCACCCUGGAGCAUGCUUCCAGAUUCUUUGUGGCAAAGCAUGCCCACAGCUAAGGAGUCAGUGUUACCCUGCCUGUCAGCUAGUGAGGAAAUGUGGAGGAGUUGAGAAACAGCUAUGGUGCUCCUAGAGGAGCCUGCAUGUCUCAGCCUUAACAGGAUUUCUGUCGUGCAGAAAAGGCAUGGCAUCUUAUGAUGAUAGGCUGCUCUGUGUCACCCCACCCCUGAGGUGGAGGUGGCAAGGGCUCCUUCAUCUCCCUGUGUUCGUUCUCACAACCCAGACAUGUCCUGCGUCAGACCCCGCUGUCUUUCUCACUGGGAACCUGUCAGAUGCUAGUUUGAAACCUGCCUUUGAGAUGGAUGUGGAAGAAGGGAAGGACUUUGGUGCUUGAGUAGUCUGGUCUGAAACUGGCCGAGUCCAGCCAUGGGCCACAUAAGUUUGCUGUUCUACAGAGCUACUCAAGACAGACAGUGGGGCUGGUGGGUCUUCAUUACUCCCAACCCUGUAGUGUUCCAUGUGAUGGCCUUUAAGUUCCCUCUACUUGUGUGCCUCAGAAGACAAAGUAAAUAUCAUCAGUUUUGGGGUUCCUGAUGGUAGGAGUGAAGUCUUGUGUCUAAGUAACUUAGAAAACUGUCUUAUCUGGAAAGUGGCCUGUGUGCUCCCUCUGUGCAGGGAGUCACCUUCCUCCUCCUUGAGCUAAACACAGAGGUGUGCUUUCGCAGCUGGCUGUAAAGAAAUGAGACCCAGAAUGAACUGUGUACGUGUUAGUCCAGCUCACUUCUGACGUGUCUCAUGGGACCCCUAACAUCAUAAGGUCACCAUUCGGAGACUGGCACACCUGCAAGUUCCGCCUCUGGAGGGUACAGGACACUUGUCAUCUUAUAGAAAAGGCCAUUCUGUAAUGGAGCCCAAAAUCCAGAGUCCAUAGAGGUCUUCUUAAUGUUUGCAGUUCAGAGGUUCGUUCUCCCAUUUCAGCUGCCCAUUAUAUAAGAAUUAGUUGUCAACCCGUGUUUGCAUUGUUUGCAUGGCUCUGAGCUAAGUAGUGUGGAAGGACAUGUGAGGUAGAAGACAAGCCCCUGCCCCGAGGGAACUGUAAGGUGACUGUUGCCCAAGAAGGGGCUGGAGCAGCUUCAUUGGAGCAGACCGUCAAGGACCAUCUUCAGAUCGAGCGGCAUGAUCAGGGUAGACCACAGGUAGCUCUAGGAGAGCUCUGGUGAUAAGGCUUUGGGUUGUAGGUGAGGACACUGUGACAGAGACUCAAACUAAAGUACAGAGCAGAAAUGUGUGGCAAGUGUGCAGCUGCCUUAGAUCAACGGCAUCAGAGUUCUGCUUGACAGAAACUUCCUAGUGGCUGGACAGGUCUGAAGGCUAAGGGGAAUGAGGGUGUGGUGGAGGACAAGGCCAGAAGUCAGGAAACACCUCUCUAGUCCUGGGGUUCCCUGUGGAGAAUUUCUAGAGUCAGGUGCGAAGCAGACCUGCUCCAGAGCAUGGCGGCCUCACGCUUUCUGUCCUGGGAAAGUGUGUUGCACUGUGUUUAUGAGCCUUGAUAUUCCAGUCACAGGCAGCUGGCCUGACCCUCCCUCUGCAGGAUGAGCUGCAAAACAGCAGUGUGGAGACAGCUCUAGGAGGCCUGGCCUGCUGCCCAGGAGGUCUUGUUAGAAGGAAUGAGCAAUUGGGGAGAGCAGUCGAGCUGCUGACUGCACUGUGUGCUGCAGGCUGGGGGAGAAGGGGGCAGGAGCAAGGCCAGAGGGCACUGGCCUUUCAGCUUUUGCUGAUGGUUGGGCAGUGCUAAUGGAAAUGCAGUCUGCAGAGGGGACUCAACUUGUCUUUGGUGGUUAUGUGCCAGUCACAAACUGGAAAGGAAAGGCAGUUACUUCUAGAGACCUGCUGUGGCUUUCUGAGGUGUGGUUGGGGGUGUUACUACUCCCAGACUCAGCCUGUAAACCUUCACUCAUAACUGAUCUACUGUAACCUUCCUCAAGACGGGUAUGUCGAUGUAAGCUCGUGACAACUACUGCUGCAACCUGUGGUUACUUGAAAUGUGUGUCUGUGCUGGCAGUGUAGGCAUGAGGGAGCAGGAGCUUGGCUGUGAGGCCACCUGUCCUGAUUUGAUUGUGGUCUAGUACCAAGGUGAAGUAAACGUGGAUAGCAGUGCCAGCCUCUGAGGCCAAGCAGGGAGUGAUAGGAUGGCUACACAGACCCUCUGAUGCAGGUCCCUGAGGAAAAGGAAAUAAUCGGAGUACAGCCCUACAAGGGCCCCGGGGAGCCACCCUUUCAGCCUUGCUCAUGCCUGCUUGAAGCCAGUAGGAAGUAGGGACAGGAAAACUUCCCCAGGCAAGAGCUUCCUCCCUCCCCUUCCCUUGUUGCUUUUCCCUUACCUUUGAGCCCAGGAGUGGGAGGCCAGGUCAGAGAGAUGGAAAGAGCCACACAGGUCUAGAAUUCCGCGUGAGCGUGUGCCCUCGUUUGUCCAGUCUUGUCUGUGGUUGGGGUGUGGGACCAUUUCCACUAGUGGGGACUAGGACCCACUUUCCACUUCAAGAGAAUGGCAAUGCCCACUGUGUGAGGGAAGAGCGUGAGUUAGACAUUUUCCCUAUGGGAACCCUCUUGGUUUGCUUUGUGGGGAGAGGGGAGUGGAUACAUGGUUUUUAUUUCCAGUCAUCAACACAGCUGUCCUUACACUAAAUCUGUGCUAUUGCAUACAUGUAGCCAUCUUUCUUUUCACUGCAGCAGUGUUUAUCAGUAGUUCAAAAUGAUUUAUUUGCUCCUGGGGAGUAAAACUUUUUUUAUUAAAAAAGAAAAAAGAAAAAAAAAAGAAAGAAAGGUGUGCCCCUUAUGAUAGCUGUAGAAUUAUUGGGCCACAAGAGUCACGCCUGCCAGUCCCCAUGGCCACCCGUCUGUUUUGGCAUUGGAGCCCUUUGCUUCAGUGUGUCAGUACAGUGUGAUGGGGCCUUCCUUGAAAAAGUGGAACAACAUCUUGGGAGUGAGAUUGGGUUUAAUCACUGAGAGGGCUCAGGAGACGUGAUACUGCAGUUGAAAAUAGAGAACUGAUUCUGUAAUCUGCCAGAGAAAGGGACCUUUCUUUACAUGCAGAUUUCAUGUGUCCUUGGUCUUUCAUUGCUUCCUGGUGUCCUAGGUAGGGGUCACCUAGUUUUGGUGUCCCUCUUGUCUUUCUGUCCUUUGUCCUGUCCCUUCCCACUUCAUCUACCUCCCAGAAAGCCAAUCCUGCAUGCUGAGUUUGUGACAUGCCUUCACUCCAUUCAUCUUGAGAGGGUUUUAGAGAGUCCCUGGAGCUGCUCCCUGCCCCACUGAUCCCUCCUCAUAGUGCCAAGAGGCAUCAAGGAGCAACAAGCAGCCGGGCAGACAGCAACAUGGCUCGCAGCUGGACUGCGACGGCAGCUGCUCCUGGAGACAGAUAGGGAAAACAAGACACUCUUCUUCAGCCCACUUGGGUGUGACCCCUGCUGUGUUCAGUGGGCAAUGGGCUGAUCUGACCACUCCUCCAUCCCUGGUGCUCCCAAGAGGGACAGGCAAGGUCCAGGCUCCGCUCUGGGUAGGCCAGACAUUAGGAUGCCCGCCCCGGUGCUGCAUGGCACAGGCCCUGCUGUGCAUUCUGGUGGUUUUUCAGAAACUCCGUGCUGAGGGGUGUCAGUCUGGACUCAGUGGUUGGGGGAUCUUCACCACCGGGGAGCCGUACCCCCACAACCACUCUGUCCUGCUAAGCCACCCCUGCCCUCCUAGCCAAAGUGUGGCCUGGCUUUUGUCUUCCCAUUUAGUUUCCUCCUUUAUUCUCCCUCUGUGCUUAAUUUAUUAAAAUAGUUGCUGUAUAAUUUAUUUUCAUAAAGUAUAAAAAAUAACUAAAUGGUUAAAAUAGACUUGCAGGCCAAUCUUCAAUGGGGGUGGGGCUGGGGUGGGCUGGGGAGAGGGAGAGAUGUUUUGAUAUAAACAAACAAAUGCACUUUGGGUGUGUUUUGGUAUUUUUCUGGGCAUAGAGGGGUGGGUGUUGGGAUGUCCCUGUAGAUUAGUUCCAGAGUGGGGUGUCUGUAAAUACUGUACUAAUAGGCAUGUGUGACUCUUGUAAAGGGACAUUAGUAGCUGCUGCAGGUCCUGUUUGGAAACCCUGUGUAUAAUUCCCGGUUUUUUGUAAGUGUCAGUGCGGGAGACAUUUGACUCUUGUGUUUGUAUCUCCUUUUUAUGAUUGCUGUACCGACCCAUGUCUUUUUGGGGAGGGAUGAAAAGAGAUUUGAAAUAAAAAUGUUUAGAAAUGA